AUGUCCCUCACAAACGGCUCCCCCGAGGCCGCCGCCGCCGCCGCGAGAGACGCCUCCUUCACCCUCGCCUCGCUCCCAACGUCGGCCCGCAACGAGGCCCUCGACGCCAUCCACGCGGCGCUGGCCGCAGCCAAGGACGACAUCCUGGCGGCCAACGCGCGCGACCUGGAGCUGGCGCGCAAGGCGGCCGCGGACGGGGCGCUGAGCCAGGCGCUGGUGUCGAGGCUGGACCUGGGCAAGAAGGGCAAGUGGGAGGACAUGCUGCAGGGCAUCCUGGAUGUGAGGGACCUCGAGGAUCCAGUCGGCAAAACAUCAUUGCGGACAAAGCUCGACGACGACCUCAUCCUCGAGCGGGUGUCGUGCCCCAUUGGCGUGCUCCUCAUCAUCUUUGAGGCCCGUCCCGAAGUCAUUGCCAACAUUGCCAGUCUGGCCAUCAAGUCGGGCAAUGCUGCCAUUCUCAAGGGAGGCAAAGAAUCUACGGAAUCCUUCGUCGCCAUCUCCCAAGUCAUCUCCUCCGCCCUCGCCAAGACGCAGGUCCCCAACUCGGCCAUCCAGCUCGUCACCACGCGCGACGCCAUCCUCCAGCUCCUCAGCCAGGACCGCAACAUCGACCUCGUCAUCCCGCGCGGCUCCAACGAGCUCGUCCGCUACAUCAAGGAGCACACCAAGAUCCCCGUCCUGGGCCACGCCGACGGCCUCUGCAGCAUCUACCUCACCGCCACGGCAGACAAGCACAAGGCCGCCGUCGCCGUCGUCGACGCCAAGACGAGCUACCCGGCCGCGUGCAACAGCGUCGAGACGCUGCUCGUCCAGGACAAGGCCCUCGGCACAGUCUUCCCCGGCGUGGCCGCCGCCCUGGCCGAGAAGGGCGUGACGCUCCGCCUCGACGCCGCCAGCAAGGCCGCCCUCUCGGAACUGCUCCCUUCCCUCCCCGAGGGCGCCAUCCAGGACGCCGUCCCGCAAGACUACGACACGGAACACCUCAGCCUCACGCUCGCCGUCAAGACCGUCGCUUCCGUGGACGAGGCCAUUGCGCACAUCAACGCCCACGGCUCGCACCACACAGACUCCAUCUUCACGUCGGACGGCGCCGAGGCGGAGCACUUUAUGAACCGCGUCGACUCGGCGGGCGUCUACUGGAACGCGUCGACGCGGCUGGCGGACGGGAUGCGGUACGGCUUCGGCACGGAGGUCGGCAUCAGCACCAACAAGAUCCACUCGCGCGGGCCCGUUGGCCUCGACGGGCUGACGAUUUACAAGUACAAGAUCAGGGGGGACUACCAGCCGACGACGCAGUACGGCGAGGGCGAGGGCAAGAGGCCGUGGAAGCACGAGAGGUUGGCUUUUUAG